AUGACAACAGAGCUUGAGGUCACUGAGGCGGAAAAAUUCCCAACAAGCAAGCAGAGGCGACAGUGGCAAGGAAAAAACUGCAGAGGCACCAGGCUCGAGAGGCAGUCCAUCUUCUUCUGGCUUGCCAAUGCAAGUGGUUCUUACAAGCACAUUGGGCCACGUUUCCAACAGAUCACCAUCUUGGGCAUUCUGGGUAAUGUAGUCCUGAUCCUGUCUUUAAUAAAGAACCAGAUCUCCCAUCUGAAAACCUUUGAAGUGUUUCUCCUGAGCCUCGCUGCCUCCAACCUGUAAGAGCUCCUUGUCGUAAACAUCUGCAACGUCUUCAUUUCUGUGUCUGUCCUCACCCCCUUGUCCUGCCGGACGCUCAAGUUCCUCAUGGUGUUCGGCAAAAUCGGCAGCAUCCUCUUCACAUUCCUCGUCAGCAUCUUCUGGUACCAGACAACAUCUGGUUGGCCUGGGCUGUGAGUGGGCUGUGUGUGAUACCAGCCAUGUUCCCUGGGAGCUCCUACCCAUCUCAUGAACGUAGAUGGUCAUAUGGAUAACUAUACGCAAGACGGAGGCUGCCCUCCAGACUUCAUCCAGUGUCCCAAGGAGAACUGCCCGACCAUUAACUGUGUCUUCAGGUAUAUUUUCAUCCUGCUCUGCAACCUGCUGCCUCUAUUCAUCGUCAUCGUCACCAGCUGUCUCAUUGUAAAGCCAGGUGCUGCUGGUUCAGAGGAGGGUGGUGGUGCCAGCGCUGAGUGCAGCAGGGGCGCCAGUGGAACAGCCUCCCAGGAAGAAGGUCUCUACCUGGGGAUCGAAAGGAACACAGUGGGCAUCCUGGCUGCCAUGGGGGUGUUCCAGGUGGAAUGAUCCUUCAGUCCCUACGACUUCCCCUUUUGGACCGAGGUGGAGUUCUUCAUCACAACGUCCUAUAUCACAAUCAGCCCUUAUGUGUAUGGGAUAGGGAGACACUUGUUUUCUGUGAAACACUUUAAGAAGUAAUGGAAGAAAUAAUUUUUAGGCCUUAGGUGUCAGGUGCAAGCAAUUUUCUGUGCAGUAUGAUUAUGGGAUAAGGGAAUAACCUCUUCUCUGAAACAUGUAACAAAGUAAUUGUGGUAUAUUUAUAAACCCUCUGUUCGAUGUAGGUGAUUCUCUAUUUUCUCGGAAGUAAUUUUAAAAAGUCAAAGCACGGUCUUUAGACGUAAAGUACCGGUCAAACGUUUUAGAAAUCCUACUCAUUCCAGGGUUUUUCUUUAUUUUUUUACUAUUUUCUACAUUGUGGAAUAGUAGUGAAGACAUUAAAACUAUUAAAUAAAACAUAUGGAAUAAUCUAGUAACCAAAAGUGUUAAACAAAUCUAAAUAUAUGUAACGAUGUUCUUCGUUUGUCGAAAGAGAGUCGGACCGAAAUGCAGCGUGUUGGUUACUCAUGUUUUUAAUGAAACAAAUGACGAUACAAAUACAAAACAGCAAAACGGAACGUGAAACCUAAUUACAGCCUAUCUGGUGAAACUACACAGAGACAGGAACAAUCACCCACGAAAUACACAGUGAAACCCAGGCUACCUAAAUACGGUUCCCAAUCAGAGACAACGAGAAUCACCUGACUCUGAUUGAGAACCGCCUCAGGCAGCCAAACCUAUGCAACACCCCUACUCAGCCGCAAUCCCAAUAACUAAAAAACCCCACUACGAAAUGCAACAACAUAAACCCAUGUCACACCCUGGCCUGACCAACUAAUUAACGAAAACACAAAAUACUAAGACCAAGGCGUGACAAUAUAUUUUAUAUUUGAGAUUCUUCAAAUAACCACCCUUUGCCUUGAUGAAAGCUUUGCAAACUCUUGGCAUUCUCAACCAUCUUCAUGAGGUAGUUACAUUGAAUGUAUUUCAAUUAACAGGUGUGCCUUAAAAGUGAAUUUGUGAAAUGUAUUUCCUUCUUAAUGCAUUUGAGCCAAUCAGUUGUGUUGUGACAAGGUAGGGGUGGUAUACAGAAGAUAACCCUAUUUGGUAAAAGACCAAGUCCAUAAUAUUGCAAGGACAGCUCAAAUAAGCAGAGAAACGACAGUCCAUUAAUUAAGACAUGAAGAUCAGUCAAUCCGGAAACAUUCAAGAACUUUUAAAAUGUCUUAAAGUGCAUUUGCAAAAAUCAUCAAACGCUUUGAUGAAACUGGCUCUCAUGAGGACUGCCACAGGAAAGGAAGACCCAGAGUUACCUCUGCUGCAGAGGAUAAGUUCAUUAGAGUUACCAGCCUCAGAAAUGGCAGCCCAAAUAAAUGGUUUGUAGAGUUCAAGUAACAGACACAUCUCAACAUCAACUGUUCAGAGGAGACUGCAUGAAUCAGGCUGCAAAGAAACAACUACUAAAGGACACCAAUACGAAGAAAAGACUUGCUUGGGUCAAGAAACACAAGCAAUGGACCAGUGGAAAUCUGUCUUUUAGUCUGAUGAAUCCAAAUUGGAGAUUUUUGGUUCAAACUGCUGUGUCUUUUGAGACGCAGAGUGAACGGAUGAUCUCCGCAUGUGUGAAGCAUGGAGGAGGAGGUGUGAUGGUGUGGAGGUGCUUUGCUGGUGACACUGCCUGUGAUUUAUUCAAGGCACACUUAACAAGCAUGGCUACCACAGCAUUCUGAAGUGAUACGUCAUCCCAUCUGGUUUGGGCUUAGUGGGACUAUCAUUUUUUUCCCAAAAGAACAAUGACCCAAAACAAACAUCCGGGGUGUGUAAGGGCUAUUUGACCAAGAAGGAGAGUGAUGGAUUGCUGCAUCAGAUGACCUGGCCUCCACAAUCAUCUUACCUCAACCCAGUUGAGAUGGUUUGGGAUGAGUUGGACCACAGAGUGAAGGAAAAGCAGCCAACAAGUACUACGCAAAUGUGAGAACUCCUUCAAGACUGCUGGAAAAGCAUUCCUCAUGAAGUUGGUUAAGAGAAUGCCAAGAGUGUGCAAAGCUGUCAUCAAGGCAAAGGGUGGCUACUUUGAAGAAUCUAAAAUAUAUUUUGUUUUGUUUAACACAUUUUUUUGUUACUACAUGAUUCCGUAUGUGUUAUUUCUUAGUUUUGAUGUCUUCACUAUUAUCCUACAAUGUAGAAAAUAGUGAAAAUAAAUAAAAACCCUUGAAUGAGUAGGUGUGUCCAAACCUUUGACUGGUACUCUGUGCUCUGUGUGUGUGUGUGUGUGUGUGUGUGUGUGUGUGUGUGUGUGUGUGUGUGUGUGUGUGUGUGUGUGUGUGUGUGUGUGUGUGUGUGUGUGUGUGUGUGUGUGUGUGUACAGUUGAAGUCUUAAGUUUACAUACACCUCAGCCAAAUACAUUUAAAUUCUGUUUUUUGCAAUUCCUGACAUUUAAUCCUAGUAAAAAUUCCCUGUCUUAGGUCAGUUAGGAUCACCACUUUUUUUUAAGAAUGUGAAAUGUCAGAAUAAUAGUAGAGAGUGAUUUAUUUCAGAUUUUAUUUCAUUCAUCACAUUUCUAGUGUGUCAGAAGUUUACAUACACUCAAUUAGUAUUUGGUAGCAAUGCCUUUAAAUUGUUUAACUUGGGUCAAACGUUUCGGGUAGCCUUCCACAAGUUUCCCACCAUAAAUUGGAUUAAUUUUAGCCCAUUCCUCCUGACAGAGCUGGUGUAACUGAGUCAGGUUUGUAGCCCUCCUUGCUCGCACACGCUUUUUCAGUUCUGCCCACAAAUGUUCUAUAGGGAUGAGGUCAGGGCUUUGUGAUGGCCACUCCAAUACCUUGACUUUGUUGUCCUUAAGCCAUUUUGCCACAACUUUGGAAGUAUGCUUGGGGUCGUUGUCCAUUUGAAGAUCCAAGCGUUAACUUCCUGACUGAAGUCUAGAUAUGUUGCUUGAAUAUAUCCACAUAAUUUUCCUUCCUCAUGCAGCUAUCUAUUUUGUGAAGUGCUCCAGUCCCUCCUGCAGCAAAGCACGCCCACAACAUGAUGCUGCCACCCCUGUGCUUCAUGGUUGGGAUGGUGUUCUUCGGCUUGCAAUCCUCCCCCAUUUUCCUUCAAACAUAACAAUGGUCAUUGUGGCCAAACAGUUCUAUUUUUGUUUCAUCAGACCAGAGGACAUUUCUCCAUAGGUACAAUCUUUGUCCCCAUGUGCAGUUGCAAACCGUAGUCUGCCUUUUUUUAUGGAGGUUUUGGAGCAGUGGCGUCUUCCUUGUUGAGCGGCCUUUCAGGUUAUGUCGAUAUAAGACUCGUUUUUACUGUGGAUAUAGAUACUUUUGUACCUGUUUCCUCCAGCAUCUUCACAAGGUCCUUUGCUGUUGUUCUGCGAUUGAUUUGCACCUUUCGCACCAAAGUACGUUAAUCUAUAGGAGACAGAACGCGCCUCCUUCCUGAGUGGUAUAAUGGCUGCGUGGCCCCAUGGUGUUCAUACUUGCAUACUAUUGUUUGUACAGAUGAAUGUGGUACCUUCAGGCAUUUGGAAAUUUCUCCCAAGAAUGAACCAGACUUGUGGAGGUCUACAAUUUAGCUGAUUUGUUUUUAUUUUCCCAUGAUGUCAAGCAAAGAGGCACUGAGUUUGAAGGUAGGCCUUGAAAUACAUCCACAGGUACACCUCCAAUUUACUCAAAUGAUGUCAAUUAGCCUAUCAGAAGCUUCUAAAGCCAUGACAUAAUUUUCAGGAAUUUUCCAAGCUGUUUAUAAGCACAGUCAACUUUGUGUAUGUAAACUUCUGACUCACUGGAAUUGUGACACAGUGAAUUAUAAGUGAAAUAAUCUGUCUGUAAACAAUUGUUGGAAAAGUGACUUGUGUCAUGCACAAAGUAGAUGUCCUAACCGUCUUGCCAAAACUAUAGUUUCUGUCUCCAACCUAAGUGUAUGUACACUUCCGACUUCAACUGUAUAUAUAACAUUGAACCCUGUCUAUGACUGAAUAUAUGACACAGAGUGCCCAUGACACUUGACAACAAUGAAAAUAAGUCUUGACUUUUUGUUUAUGUAACCUCAACAGGUUUGGUAUAUGUAUCUGUUGCCUGGUGCAACAUUUUGUGUAUUUUAAAUUGUCAAAUAAAAUCAUACUGGGAACUAUC